UCCACAUUGACACCGGUCAGAUCUCUGAGGUGUUUGCUGCACUGUCACAGCGGACUAACCGGCUGAUCGAUCCUCACAGAGAGGAUAUAUUUUUGUACCAAAACGGUGAAAAUGUCGGAUUUUGAGGAGUUUGAGAAACAGCUGAGUGAGAACCGGCAGGAGAGAGAGAGAGAGCGCCACAAGAAGAGGAGUCGCAGCGCAUCUCCUGCUCGAGGAGACAAACACCGCAGUUGGAGCAAAGAGAGAGGCAGCCGCAGUCGAGAGAAACGCAGCCGCAGCCGAGAGCGAAAGAGCCGAGACCGCCGCAGCUCGUCCAGGUCGUCACGGGAGCACAAGAAGCACAGCCACUCUCCAAGGAGAACAAGGAAGAAAAGAACGUGUAAAUACUGGGACGUUCCUCCUCCGGGAUUUGAACACAUCACACCCAUGCAAUAUAAAGCUAUGCAAGCUGCUGGUCAGAUUCCAACCAUUGCUCUGCUGGCCUCAUCCACCACCACAGGCGUCUCUGCAGCGCCCACACAAGUCCCCAUAGUCGGCAGUCAGAUGACCCGACAAGCCCGACGUCUGUACGUGGGAAAUAUUCCCUUUGGAGUGACAGAGGAGUCAAUGGCUGAGUUCUUCAACGCUCAGAUGAGACUGGCCGGACUGUCUCAGGCUCCCAGUAACCCUGUACUCGCUGUACAGAUCAACCAGGACAAAAACUUUGCUUUCCUCGAGUUUCGCUCUGUAGACGAGACGACGCAGGCGAUGGCGUUCGAUGGAAUCAUUUUUCAGGGUCAGUCUCUGAAGAUCAGGCGACCUCACGACUACAGACCUUUACCUGGAAUCUCAGAGCAGCCUGCGUUCCACGUCCCAGGAGUGGUCUCCACUGUGGUCCCUGACUCUCCUCACAAGCUGUUCAUUGGAGGUCUGCCAAACUACCUGAACGAUGACCAGGUGAAGGAGCUCUUGACGUCGUUUGGUCCUCUUAAAGCGUUUAAUCUGGUGAAGGACAGUGCUACGUCUCUGUCCAAAGGUUAUGCCUUCUGUGAAUAUGUGGACAUCUGCGCCACAGAUCAGGCUGUUGCUGGACUCAACGGGAUGCAACUUGGAGACAAAAAGCUGAUUGUCCAAAGAGCAAGCGUGGGAGCUAAAAACGCUAAUCCUACCUCCAUCAUAGAGACCCCAGUGACGCUGCAGGUCCCAGGGCUACAGAGGCUGCAGAACUCAGGCAUGCCCACAGAGGUCCUGUGCCUCCUUAACAUGGUGAUGCCCGAAGAGCUGGUUGAUGACGAGGACUACGAGGAGAUCCUGGAGGACAUCCGAGAGGAGUGUUGCAAAUACGGCAGUGUACGCUCAAUCGAGAUCCCUCGGCCCGUCGAUGGCGUGGAAGUUCCCGGCUGUGGAAAGAUCUUUGUGGAGUAUGUUUCGUCUGCAGACGGUCAGAAAGCCAUGCAGGCUCUGACAGGCCGUAAGUUUGCCAACAGAGUGGUUGUCACCAAAUACUAUGACCCAGACAUGUACCACAGACACGAGUUUUAAAGCACAGCGCAGUCCCUGCUUCAUGUUUGAAAGCUUCAGUUUGUUUGUUCCUCUGAGUUUGUGAAUGAGUCCUUAGAGACUAGAAAAGACUUGAACCUCAUACUCCACUCCACAAACUGGACUGCGAAGUGUUUCAGUUCUAAGCCUCAGUCUCAUACCCCCCUCUGUAAACCUUUACUGAGAUAAAAAUUCUGUAGUAUUUAUGAUAUUUGUAGUAGAAUGAAUGUGACAUGUAUCUGAAACCUGAAGUUAUACUGCCUGAUAAUAACUCACAGUACCUGUUUAUAAAGAAUGCACUGUA